UUGCCCAAAACUUCUGGAAAGUUGACAUGAAGUAAACAAUCUGCCCUUGUCACAGCCUAACCCCUGUGCGUGGGUGGGGGAUCACUCUGCUGACUGCAGCAACAGUUCAGCAACAGACGGGGAGUGUCCAGCGGCUGGAUUUUUAAAACUCCACAUCUCACGUGUUUCUGAAGAAGGAGCUACAGUUCUGGUUGUGUAAUUAUCCGGGGCUAUGCAGUAAUUAUUUUUUCUUCUUUAAGAAAAAAAAAAAAAAUCCGACAACAACAAAAAAGACCCCCAAAACUGUAAUUUACAUGACUUUUCGAGUUGGCCACGGCAUGGUGCAUAAGUAUGACACAGAGCGGGCAGUGGGGCUGCUCAGACAGUACCAGGCCAACCUGACCAGUCCAGAUGAGCAGGCCUUGAAGACCAGUGUGGGUAAAGUGUCUGCCAUCUUGGGAAGCCAGCUGUUCCAAGCCCUCCUUGAUAUUCAAGAGUGUUACGAGGUGACCUUGCAACAGAACACAGAACAAACUGUUGUGAAAGAAGACAGCAGGCAGGAUGCGUGGAAGGACCAGGAGGAGGAGGAGGAGGGUGUGGCUCGGGUGCGAGUGACCAGCAGGAGGAGCCCUCACAAAGUGGAGCGGGUUUCUGGCUUGGUGACUCGCUCCCAUGUCGACAUGCCAAAGGCCAACCCUCCCCCCAUCAUCGUCAACGCAGACUCACUAGAUGCAGGCCCUUAUGUAAAUGGCAGUGAUGGGAUGUAUAAAUAUGAAGAGAUCAUUUUAGAGAGGGGGAACUCUGGCCUGGGCUUUAGCAUUGCUGGAGGAAUAGACAAUCCCCACAUUCCUGAUGAUCCGGGGAUCUUCAUUACCAAGAUUAUCCCUGGGGGAGCAGCUGCUAUGGAUGGACGGCUGGGGGUUAACGACUGCGUGCUGCGUGUGAAUGACGUGGACGUGUCAGAGGUGGUUCACAGCCGGGCGGUGGAGGCCCUGAAGGAGGCAGGGCCAGUGGUGCGGCUGCUGGUUCGACGGAGGCAGGCCCCACCCGAAACGAUUCUGGAAGUCAACCUGUUGAAAGGGCCCAAAGGGCUGGGGUUCAGCAUCGCUGGAGGGAUCGGAAACCAGCACAUCCCAGGAGACAACAGCAUCUAUAUUACCAAGAUCAUAGAGGGAGGAGCUGCCCAAAAAGAUGGACGACUGCAGACUGGAGACCGCCUGCUAGCUGUGAACAACAUUGUGCUGCAGGACGUGCGUCACGAGGAGGCAGUGGCUGCACUGAAGAACACCUCUGAUAUGGUUUACCUCAAGGUGGCCAAGCCAGGACCUGUGCACCUCAAUGACAUGUACGCCCCUCCAGACUACUCCAGCAGUCUGGCCCUCCCUCCAGCCUUCCCCACCAUGGUGGACAACCACGUCAGCCACAACUACAUGGGGGCAAUGGAGCCUAAGCCAGUGUACCCGCCACCCCAGGUUACCCCGUCCAGGUACUCACCAGUUCCCCGCCACAUGCUGGGGGAGGAAGACUUCACAAGGGAGCCAAGGAAGGUGUUGCUGCACAAAGGCUCCACGGGCCUCGGCUUCAACAUCGUCGGCGGGGAGGAUGGAGAGGGAAUCUUCGUCUCCUUCAUCCUGGCAGGAGGGCCGGCUGACCUGAGCGGCGAGCUGAGGAGGGGCGACCGGAUUCUCUCGGUGAAUGGAGUGAACCUAAGGAAUGCCACACAUGAGCAGGCGGCUGCAGCACUGAAGAGAGCUGGACAGACCGUCACCAUCAUUGCUCAGUACAGGCCAGAAGAGUAUAGUCGCUUUGAGUCCAAGAUCCACGACCUGAGGGAGCAGAUGAUGAACAGCAGCAUGAGCUCAGGAUCAGGCUCCCUGCGCACCAGUGAGAAACGCUCCCUCUACGUCAGAGCUUUGUUUGACUACGAUCGAACGAGGGACAGCUGCCUGCCCAGCCAAGGCCUGAGCUUCUCUUAUGGGGAUAUCCUCCAUGUCAUAAACGCUUCUGAUGACGAGUGGUGGCAGGCGAGGCUGGUUACACCACAUGGAGAGAGUGAGCAGAUUGGGGUCAUUCCAAGCAAGAAAAGAGUGGAGAAGAAAGAGCGGGCCAGGUUAAAAACAGUCAAGUUCCACGCCAGGACAGGCAUGAUUGAGUCUAACAGGCAGCCAGUCAAAGUAAAGCGCAAAAAAAGCUUCAACCUCUCACGCAAGUUCCCGUUUUACAAGAGCAAGGAGAAUAUUGUGCAGGAGUUGGUGGAGUCUGAACAAUGCCUGACAUCCAACACAAGUGACAGUGAAAGCAGUUCAAAGGGACAGGAAGACACAAUUCUUUCCUAUGAGCCAGUCAUUCGACAGGAAAUCCACUACACAAGGCCUGUGAUAAUUUUGGGCCCAAUGAAGGACAGAAUAAAUGAUGACCUCAUCUCCGAGUUUCCCCACAAGUUUGGCUCCUGUGUACCCCAUACGACUCGUCCAAGGCGAGAGAACGAGAUGGACGGCCAGGACUACCACUUUGUGGCCUCGCGAGAGCAAAUGGAGAAAGACAUUCAGGAUAAUAAAUUCAUUGAGGCUGGCCAGUUCAAUGAGAACCUCUAUGGGACGAGCAUCUUGUCUGUCAGAACUGUGGCUGAGAGGGGGAAACACUGCAUUCUGGAUGUGUCUGGGAAUGCCAUAAAACGUCUGCAGCAAGCACAACUUUAUCCGAUUGCCAUCUUUAUCAAACCAAAAUCCAUUGAAGCCCUAAUGGAAAUGAAUAAGAGGCAGACAUAUGAGCAGGCCAAUAAAGUCUUUGACAAGGCAGUUAAACUGGAGCAAGACUUUGGAGAGUAUUUCACAGCUAUUGUACAGGGUGACUCACUAGAGGAGAUCUACAACAAAAUCAAGCUAAUCAUCGAGGAGCAGUCUGGCCCCUACAUCUGGAUCCCCUCCUCAGAGAAGCUCUGAGCUCCCUGCCGUCCCCUCUGCAUCGAUGCAGAGCUCCCCUCCUGCCUCCCAGAGAUCCCACCCAAGCCCAGAUAGCCCCCCCCCCCCUCAUCACCUCCUUUUUGCAGAUAUGUUUCAUAUCAAGUUUUAGUGUCAUCAUUAUGUUACUCUCUAAAUGAAAAAGAAGUCUUAUCACCAUUACUGUGACUGUGCACACCCCUGCAUGAGUUUCUCAACAAAUCCAUUCAAGACUGGAAAUGCCAUUCCAAAGGAAUUUGUCAAAUGAAAACAAAAGGGAAAAGGAAUACAUCCUUUUGUGAACUGGGACUGACUGAAGAUCAGAUUGUUUUAAAGAAUUCUGGAGAGAGGAGUUGGGAUUCAAAAAGAAGUUGCAGGGGAACAGAGACAAAUCAUACCAAGUUGGAACACUUUGUAAAUGUUCAUCAAAUCACAUUUAAAAAGACACGCAAGAUGAGAAGUUGGAGACCAAUUAAGGGUUUUGAUUUUUUGUUUUUGUUUGUUUGUUUGUUUGGUUUUUUUGUUUUUGUUUUUUUUCCUAAAAAGACUGGAUAAAAUUGAGCCCUGCUGAUGGUACUGUUCAAGGAGUCAUCUCUCUUGUUUAUAAUGACUGAGGAAAUUAGUGGAGGAGCCUACAAACUGGUGAUCUAUUUAUCACAAACCAGCUUGCUGUUUGGUCGUCUGCCAGUUGUGUGUGCUGCAGCUGAUAAAGACACCUCGGGAGGCAGAUCAAGAGGAAGAAAUGCAUUGUGAAUCUCUACAUUUAUAUUAUGAAAAUCACAAGAUAAAUGAUAAAAUCCUACUGAGGUUUUACUACAUAUUAAAAGAAACUACACAUUUUACACUUCACUAGAAUUGUCAAUUUGGAGGGCUGUUAGAUUUUUUUUUCUUUAUUUGUGGGAUUUUUUGCUUGUGGUUUUUAGCUGCUCUGUGUAAAGGAUGGGGGUAGAGAAGUGUAACUGGGCUCUCUGCAAAACACCAAACUGCCUUACAUCAAAUACAAAUUCUGUUUUGUGACUACCUGUUGUCUGUGAGGGAGGCUGCACACAAUUGCCAAGGAAAAGAGAGCAAACAUUCUCAUCUUUCCUUACUUUUUUGUGUCCUCCAACUUCCAGGAGGCCUGACUUGAGUGCAAUAGAUAAAACAAAGUCUCACCUCUGUGGGCAUCCUUUCUCCCCUGUAUUUCAACCUUUUUGCGUGUAAUUAAAAAAGAAAUUUGGCUAUUUGAUUACAAUUUGGACAGCCAGAGCCUCCUAACUCAUGUUGAGCAGCAGACCACCCUAUUACACUCUCUGCCUUCCAAGAGGAUUCUCUUUUGAUUGAAUGGUCACAUGGUACUGUCCUAUCUGCUGCCAUGAUGGUGGCCUUAAAACGGGUAGAACAAGACAAUAAUUGUAUUGGAUGUCCUAACAAUUAAAGAGUCAAUAUAACCUGUUUUGGAUUGUCCCCCUGUCCCCCUACCAAAAACAACACUAAAGUUGGGUUUGAUUAAACCUAUAUGCUUUGUGUAUCUAUAAAUAUAUAUGAAUUCUUAAUGAAUCUGUUGUUGGCAGGUGCUGAACCACUGUGUUGAGCUCUUAGUGUGUCUGGGGUGAGCUAGACCAGCUCAGGAAUCUUAAUGUACAGAUACUAUUUCCCCUGCGACUGAAAGGCCACGUUUGAGCGAUGACACAGAAAGUUCAUUGCACAAACAAGCACUCAAAGUACUGUCACGUACUUAAAGGAAUUUUCAAGAGUGUAAUCAGGUUGUAUUACGCGCCUUUUUCGUGAGGUGGGGAGCUUGCUCAAGGCCAUCGGUUUGGUAAACUUUGAGUUGGCUGUAUCAUGGCUUCACCAGGAUUGAAAUGAUCUACCCCCCAUGCAAAGUUUGGCGCUGUAUGUUAAUGUGUGCAUGUGAGAGGGCGCGUCUGAAGAAGGAAUACUGUGGCCCCUGAUCUUGUGAACGUUCUUGCUUUCCUCCUCAGCUUUUUGAAGAGUGCAAGGAGAUUUUUUUUUUGUUUGUUCUUUUCCUCCUCAGAGAGCCAGACCCAACAAGACGUGGUAACCUAGACCUCUGGGUCCCCUGCUUUCUCCCACCCACAGAGCACCUGUACCUGCAGGCAUUUUCUGAACAGGUGUGCCCACCUGCCAGGCACCACUGCUAAACCAGCUGUCAUUACCUGUGUCUAAACCAGAGUUCAGGGAAUAACCGAAGGGAACAGAGCCAUUUAUAAACUGCUUGCAGACUGUUUCAAAGGGUGUGGUAGCUGUACAAUGUAAAUAAGCCCCCAGCAGAUCCCCCUCACCUGUGCUUCAUGCAUGUGUGACUCAAACUGGGACAAACAUGUUUUAUAGACCACAAAUGUCAGGUAAGUAAAGUUUGAGCUACUCUUGAGAUAUAAUUUCCAUACAAAUGUGCUGUUUUGUUGGUAUUUCUCUUCAAAUGCCUAUUGGAACACAUAACUAGUCAGUUGGGAAUUCAGUUCCCUCAAAUAGGGCCUGUCUACAUGUGAUUUCUUGUGGAACGUGUCUGGGUGUAUAGAUUUUAAAAAAUAUAUUGUAAAAUAAUUAAAAAGAGAUGCAGGCAGAAACCUACACAAUAUCACAGAAACCAGGAGCAUUGAUCAAUACGUCAUUAGAAGUUUAGAAUUGGUCCUCUCUUGUGUUUAGUUGAAAUACAGCUGACUGUUAACAAUGUGUGUGGUAUUCAUACCUCAGUCAGCCAUGUCAAAGCCCAAAGAACUUGAUUUCAUUUUACUCUUUCCGCUGAGGUUGUGGUAUAUAACAAGAUGGAACCUGAAUGCCUCUGUGUGUGUAUAAUUGAUGAGGGUCUUUGUUCUGAUGAGAGAAAUGACAUAUAUGCUUUUAUUUUUUGGGUGGGGGGGGUCAGGGUUCUUGUUUGUACUUUUGGGUGAUGUUUAUGUUAUAGCACAUCUGUGCAGUAAGUGCUUGCAAACAUGAACCCUUUGAUUGUACAGUAGUUUCCUUCCUGUCACUGCAGGUGGUACAGCCUAUCAGGACACUUGACCUCAUGGUCUUCCCUGUCCUAGUCAUGAGGGAACACAGUCCUGCAACUUUUGUUCGGGUUUUAUUUUGGGACUUGACAAGAGUUUAUUUGUUUGAAAAUAAAAUAUGUGACUCAGUUAUGA